AUGUUGAUGCGGCUGUUGCGUGUGAUUUCGUUGGCCAGCAUGGUCUUCGGUGCUGAUAUUUUACAAUUAAGCUAUUCAGAGGAUGCGAAAGACGCUACUCCCCUAGGAACAUUUGAGAUUGACAGUACAUCUGAUGGGAAUGUUACAGUAACAACUAUUGAUGUACAGAAUGUUGAAGUUUCUGGGCAAUACUGUUUGAAUGCCCAGAUUGAAGGUAAAUUGGAUAUGCCAUGUUUCAGCUACAUGAAGCUGAGGACACCAUUAAGAUACGAUUUAAUUGUGGAUGUAGAUGAAGACAAUGAGGUCAAGCAGGUGUCGUUAUCAUACAAUGAGACUAACGAUGCUAUUGUUCCUACAGUAAGAUAUCCAGAAACAGGUCCAACCGCACCAGUGACUAAAUUAAAGAAAAAAACAAAGACCUACGCUGACAAAAAAGCUAGUAAGAAUAACGAUGGAAGUACUGCACAAUUUCAAGAAGAUGAAGAGGUCAAGGAGGUCUCUUGGUUCCAAAAGAACUGGAAAAUGCUACUUCUGGGCCUACUGAUUUACAACUUUGUUGCGGGGUCCGUGAAGAAGCAACAACAACAAGAUGCUGGAGCUGGCCAAAAGACUGAGUAA